AUGUUGCUACGUGUGUUAAGCCAGAAUGUAAAUUGCUCCCCGGUCAUAACUCAGACUCUGCUUGAAACCAAAGCAAAGGAGUACGAUAUUGUUCUCGUACAGGAACCUUACUGGGGUUUCCUGCAUAAUGUACUGUCAUCUGUGUCCAGUACUGGUGAGGAGUACCUGGGCACUCAAAUACACCCACACUGGACCCUUGUUGAACAAGGGGGCCCCUCAUGUGUUGCCACAUACAUUAAUAAGUGCCUCUCGCCUCUGCAGCCUAAACUAUGCACGCACCUUGUCAAUCACCCUGACCUUCUCCUCAUUGCUAUUCCUGAUGGACAGCGGCCACUAUAUAUCUUGAACGUCUAUAAUGACGCUGAUUGCACCGCCCUGCAUUAUCUCAAUGCACGCGUUCACGUCUUGCCUGCCAUUGACAUUAUGAUGGGUGAUCUCAAUCUCCAUAACAACAUCUGGGACCCGGCGUACAGUCACAACGACCACGCUGUCACUGAACUUUUGGACUUCACAAAUAGCUUAGGUCUUGUAUUGCUCAAUACAGAUGGUCAACCCACCCACGUACCACAUGCUCGAGGGAUGGUGCGCACUUCUACCAUUAUUGAUCUCAUAUUCGUUGCCGGACGCAUUGUGGAGGCACCCACUACUAUCUUUUUUAUAGACCCCGAUGGCUGGCUCCUGUCCGACCACAACCCCCUGCUCCUGUCCGCCGACACAAGCCUACAACUGCCCCCUGGGAUUCCCCGCAUAGAGAGGAAAUCUGAUGCAGAACAGAUGUUCUUUGCGGACUGCGUCCUGGCCAUCUCUGGCCUCAAUCCAACCCCUCCUCUAGACUCCAUCGAAGACACACAGCGCCUCUGCGACACAAUCUUCUCCAGGAUAGAUGAAGCCUUUGCCACCCAUGCAACCAUCCCCUCUAUCAACCAGCGCUCCAAAACCUGGUGGAACAACAAAUGCUCCCUAGCCCUCGCUUGCUUUCGGGAGACAAGGUCUAGAGAAGACUGGCGGAUAUACCGGCGCACCAUCCGCAAGGCACAAAGAACCCACUAUGACACCAUCAUCCACGAAACUGCAGAUAAGCAGCGA